CCAACCCUUCAGGCCUCUCAGCCCCUUCCCCGGGCUCCAGCCAUGAAGCCCUCCUCGGGGCUGGAGGAGACCCGGCGGCCAGCUUCAGACAUCCGCGUGUUUGCCAGCAACUGCACUCUGCACGGACUGGGCCAUGUCUUUGGCCCCGGGGGCCUGACCCUGCGCCGUGCACUGUGGGCCACAGCCCUGCUGCUGUCCCUGGCUGCCUUCCUCUACCAGGUGGCUGAGCGGGUGCACUACUAUGGGGAGUUCCACCACGAGACUGCCCUGGAGGAGCGUGAGAGCCACCAGCUCACCUUCCCGGCCAUCACCCUAUGCAACAUCAACCCACUGCGCCGCUCCCGCCUCACACCCAAUGACCUGCACUGGGCCGGGACCGCUCUGCUGGGCCUGGACCCCUCUGAACACACAGCCUUCCUGCGUGCCCUGGGCCAGCCCCCGGCACCACCCGGAUUCAUGCCCAGUCCCACCUUCGACAUGGCACAGCUCUACGCCCGUGCCGGUCACUCCCUUGAGGACAUGCUGCUGGACUGCCGCUACCGUGGCCGGCCAUGUGGGCCUGAGAACUUCACCGUGAUCUUCACCCGGAUGGGGCAGUGCUACACGUUUAACUCUGGAGCCCAAGGGACAGAGCUGCUUACCACUCCCAAGGGUGGUGCCGGCAAUGGUCUAGAGGUCAUGUUGGAUGUUCAGCAGGAGGAGUACCUGCCAGUGUGGAGAGAUGUGGAAGAGACCCCGUUUGAAGCUGGAAUUCGAGUGCAUAUUCACAGCCAGGAGGAGCCUCCUGCCAUCGACCAACUGGGCUUUGGAGCAGCCCCUGGCCACCAAACUUUUGUGUCUUGCCAACAGCAGCAACUGAGCUUCCUGCCACCGCCCUGGGGCGACUGCAGCUCCGUAUCUAUGGAUCCCGACUUUGAUCCGGAGCCCUCUGAUUCCCCGGGUACCCUCAGCCCUAGCCCUCCUUAUAGUCUAAUAGGGUGUCGCCUGGCCUGCGAGACCCGGUACGUGGCUCGGAAGUGCGGCUGUCGAAUGAUGCACAUGCCUGGCAGCGCGCCAGUGUGCAGCCCCCAGCAGUACAAGGACUGCGCCAACCCGGCCCUGGACGCCAUGCUGCGGAAGGACGCGUGCGCCUGCCCCAACCCGUGCGCCACCACGCGCUACGCCAAGGAGCUCUCCAUGGUGCGGAUCCCGAGCCGCGCCUCCGCGCGCUACCUGGCCCGGAAAUUCAACCGCAGCGAGGCAUACAUCGCGGAGAACGUGCUGGUUUUGGAUAUCUUCUUUGAGGCACUCAACUACGAGAUGGUGGAGCAGAAGAAGGCCUACGAAGUGUCCGAGCUGCUCAGCGACAUUGGGGGCCAGAUGGGACUGUUCAUUGGGGCCAGCCUGCUCACCAUCCUUGAGAUCCUUGACUACCUCUGCGAGGUGUUCCGAGACAGAGUCCUGGGGUAUGUCUGGAACCGAAGGCGCUCCCAAAGGCACUCCAGGGCCAGUCUGGCCUUCCACCCCUCCCUGUGCUGUCACCAAGACUCUUUCAGCCUCCCACCGUACCUGCUACCUCGUCACACGGCUCUAGACCUGCUCUCUGUGAGCUCAGGGCCAUGCCUUGACAUCUGGACUGUUCAGCCUACCAGCACCUUUGCUGUCUUCACCCCAAAUAAAGCUCUAAUGCAUCUGCCUCGGGUGUUGGUCUCACAGGGCAAACACAGCUGAGCCUAGUGAAGGUCAGCCUC